AGUGCUAUCUUAUUCAUACUCAGUCCCCCACACCGCAGGCUGUUCAACAUUUCAGGCAUCUCUGCAGCACCGUUGCUGGGAGAUGGAGCUGUUACUGACUGGUGAAAAGAUGAGAAUCCACCCACCGACAUCCUCCUCUCCCAUAACAUUUAUUGCCAGUGAAAGAGGCAGCUGAAGGAGGUGGCCAUCUCUCCUCCUCAUCUCCUCCCCCUGUGUUAUCCAUCUGCACUACUGUAUGGUGAGCCCCGCUAUGCUGGAUUCUCACCUGACUGCGUGUUUAUGGACCUGUGAGGGGCUUUAAUUGACAGGACUCAAGAUGAGUGUGACGUGGACUUGGUCGUCUUCUACGUUUAAUUGUCUCUCUCAAGUCCUGACAGGUGUCUGAGAGAGCGGGUAGCCAGCUCUGUGCAGAUUAUGGGUACGAGUGCCAGUGCAACUUCCCAGGCUGCUCCGUUUGCACCUACACACCGGGCUGAUCACCAAGGGAACAGCAUGGCUGAGCGCAGACGCUCACUACAGUCGGCGAACAUUCGCAACAGCAAGGCCAAGUCCAUCAUCACAAACAAGGUGGCCCCUGUUGUCAUCACAAAUAACUGCAGGGAAGAGUUUCAGAUUCAUGACAAGAUCCAAGCCGCGAACUACUCGAAGGGAAGGAUAUCUGACCUGUUGCCAGAGCACUACCUCGUGCUGGGGGAGUUUUUUAUGGUGCAGGAUGUAUACAAUAGAGCUGAUGUCUUAAAUACUACAAAAAGCCACGGGGCCCCCAACUUCCGCAAGGUCAAGGGAAACUAUCCCCUUUUUGGAAUGGGCCAACCUAGCCUGAGUGGUUUCAAACAGGUCAUCCAGAGACUGCAGAUUGACGGCUGUGAGGAGGUGAUUUUUAUCUGUUUGAGGGAGGAACCAGUGGUGUUCUUCCACUCAGAUGGAGACUUUAUUCCAUACACUCCCAGAGGAAGAGAGAACCUUCAUGAGAACCUGCAUGACCUCGACAGAGAGCUCAGCUCAGAGCAAAUAGAGCUCUCCAUCCGGAAAGAGUUGUGUGACUUUGCCAAGCUGAGUGAAAAUAUGUUCUAUGUCUAUAAUGACAUCGAGCAUUUUAAAGACGAACCUAAGCAGGUUCACAUUCUGUCAGAGGAGGACAUUCACGUCACUGAGGAAGUCUACAAAAGACCACUUUUCAGUCAGCCACUGCACAGAUAUUACAGAUUGCCGCUCCCUAUGGAAGGGGCACCACUGGAGGAGACAUUUGAUGCCUUUGUUAGUAUACUCAGGGAGACCCCAAACCUCUCUUUGAUGCGGGACAGUUCCAGACCCCUGCCUGCAAUGCUCUUCAGCUGCCAGGUGGGGGUGGGACGCACCAAUCUUGGCCUAAUUCUGGGAGCUUUAGUUUUCCAUCACCUGCAGGGGGCAUCAAAGAGCCCCAGGCAAGAAAUACAAAAGAGUGAACACCAAUUGAAUUUCCAGGUGAUUCAGUUGCUAAUCAGUCGCCUACCUAAAGGUCAACAAGUCCUUGAUGAGGUUGAUGAUGCUGUUGCCAUGUGCUCUGAGAUGCAUAACAUAAAAGAUGCUGUGUAUGAAAACAAACUAAAGCUGGAAGGUAUUGCUGAAGAUUACCAGAUUCAAGGAAGCAGCACAAAAGGCUAUUUCCUGCAAAGAACACUCCAAAGUCUUGAACGCUAUGUGUACCUACUAGUAUUCAAUGCGUAUCUUCACGAUCAGUAUCCACAGGCAUUUCCUCAGAGCUUCAGUCAGUGGCUGUGUAUGAAUGCUUGGAUCUACAGACUGCUGGCCAGCAUAGAUAGCUCUGAACUCUCAGCACCAGCCAGCCUAAUAACAGAUGGGAUUCGAGUUCUGGUGUCCAGUGAGUUUUUAGCGACGGAUCUGCUCAGCACAGCCAAGGAAAUGAAAGUGGCCAAUUUCAGACGUGUUUCCAAAAUGGCCCUAUAUGGGAUGGCCCAGCCAAACUCUGAGGCUCUGGCUGUCGUCAUGUCCUACCUGACAGACCAGAGGCGAGGGCACUCUACGAUUCUCUGGCUGAAUCUGCAGGAGGAGCUUGUGCUGGAGGCAAAUGGACAAAUGUUUACCCCCCGAGAGCCAGGCUGUCUGGAACAGCCUAUUCCAGUCUGUGUUCAACAUCCACAGCAGCUCCAGGAAAUGGAGCUGGCACUGAAGCAGGAGAUCCUGAGGUGUGAGAAGUGGCUGGAGGUGAUUACAGAGCAGGAUAAACAGAUGAGGAAGUUUAAGAGUUGUCACACCAUAGAGGAGCUCUUUGUCCAUCAGAAGAGCAUUCAUCCAGGACUCAGCUACCAGCGGAUUCCCCUGUCUGACUGCUGCGCACCUAAAGAAGAGGUUUUUGACCGGUUGUUGGAGGCCAUGAAGAGCAGUCUGGCUGAAGACCCCAACUGUGCUUUCAUCUUCAACUGUCACAAUGGGAAAGACCGAAGUACUGCAGCCAUGGUCAUCGCCACUCUCACCCUGUGGCACAUUAAUGGCUUUCCUGAGUGUGAAGAAGAAGAGAUCGUAAGUGUUCCAGAUGCCAAGUACACCAAAGGAGAGUUUGAGAUGGUGAUGCAGGUGGUAAGGGUGUUACCUGAUGGUCAUCGUGUGAAGAGAGAAGUGGACGUUGCUCUGGAUGUUGUUAGUGAGACGAUGACUCCCAUGCAUUACCAUUUACGGGAAAUCAUCAUAUCCACUUACAGACAGAUUAAGAUGGCUAAAUCGGAGGCUGACGCUCAUUGGUUGCGGUUAAGGAGCCUUCAGUACCUCGAGCGCUACAUUUAUCUUAUCCUCUUCAACUGCUACCUCCAUCUGGAGAAGAAAGACUCCUGGAGGCGAUCCUUCAGCCAGUGGAUGUACCAGGUGGCAGCUAAAGCUGGUGUAUAUGCCAUCCUCAACCAUCUGGGCUUUUCGGAGUUUGAAAACCCUGACGACUCUCCAUUGGCCAGGCUCCGUUUCCGCUGGCUCCCACACAGCGUCCAGUCUAUUCCCAUGCGAGGGCAACCUAUUUAGAAAGGCACAGCUCACGUCUUCGAUCUGUCUGUGUGUGGAGGACUGUGGACAAGGUAAAAUGAACCCUGCAUGGCACUCAAGAACAGUGAAGAGCCAUGUGCUUUGGAGAAACUGUAUCUCAUACAUACUGUAACCUGCCAUCUGUAGCGUCCUCCCAGCAUUCUCUUAUUAUCCGUAGCUCUGCCUCAUAUCAUGAUCAUAAACAGCCCUGUAGCUUGUGUCAGGAGACCAGCGCUUCACUGGGGAGACUGAAAACUUUGUCGGUUUCUUUUUUGGAUUCUAAUAUCUUCUCCAGACUCAACUUCUUCCAAUCCUCAGUUUUUAGAGUGUCUUUUUAUUCUGGCAGUUACAUUAAGUUAUUUUUUGAGAUUUUUUUUUUUUUGCUGAUUUUCCAUAAAUUUGAGGGCACAAACACUUUCUCGCCAUCUCAGCUAAAUCUUACAUCAGGCUUGUGUGCUUUUUGUGUGCUUUCGGACGUGAGGCUGUGACAGCUGUUGUUUCCAGAUAUAUCCUGCGUAUAUGAUAAAAUACGUUCAGCAUCACUGUUCCAAAUCUAUAAGCACCUUGACACUCAUAAGGCAUAGUAUGAUUGUGUUUGUAUAUCAUUACACAAAUGGGAAAAAAAAAAUAUUGACAAUUCUUGUCACAAUAGUCAUCAAACUAACAACUCUCACAACUAAUGUUGUUGUCAUCAGAACACAUUUGGAGAAAUUUAGCAUUGUAUCACUUGCUUACGAGUGGAUUCUCUGUAGUGAAUGGGUGCCGUCAGAAUGAGAGUCCAAACAGCUAAUAAAAACAUCACGAUAAUCCACACACCUGUAAUCCAGUAAAUCAAUUAACACAUUGUGAAGUGAAAAUCUGCGUGUUUUUAAGAAACAAAUCCAUCAUUAAGUGGAUCCAUCAUCAAAAUCCACCAACAUGUUUGUUUAGAAAUGUUUUGGACAAUUUUCAUUUGUAAACAUUGCUUAAUCUGUGCAUAUUUCUCUCCAGAUUCAGACAAGAAGUCUCUUUCACUGGAAGUAAUAUUAUAUGACUAGAGAAAGCAAUGGUUGAAGUUAAAAAUAUCUUGAUGUUUAUUACAAACAUGCAGCUUUUUGCUUCACAAAACUUCAACUAAUAGACUAAAUUUGUGUCAAUUACUUUUGGAUUAUUGUGAUUUUUUUUUUAUCAGUUUGAACUCUCAUUCUGACGGUACCCAUUCACUGCAGAGGAUCCCUUGGUGAGCAAGUGGUGUCAUGGUAAAUUUAUCCCAUUUUUCAUCUACAGUACAUAUUGGAUGGCCUAAUACUUGAGAGUAAGUUUUCAUUUUUUGAAAAUGGAAUUACUCUGUGACAGUAGUAGUGCUCAGCUCUGAAUUCAGAGUUAAUUUCAUUGCAUGAAGGAACAACUGGAGCUAAGGUUGUUUUUGGGUUUAACAGACUGUAUAAUGAGGACAGGACUGUCAGGAGCAUUGAUCAGAAUGAUGCUGAAGAAUUUAUUUUCCAGCACUGCCAUACAGGCAAGGGAAUAGAGAGGUAAUGACUUAAUCUUAUGCAUAAUUAAUAAAAAUGUUUUGAAAUAAUACAGCAUCUUUCAUUUAAAAAAAGCUCAAUCAGUGCAAAUAGUCAGAUAAAUUUUUACUUAACAUUUAGGUAAAUCCAUUUAUUUAUUUAGUUGCAUCACUGCAGGUACAGCUGAGGUCAAAAGUUUGCAUCCCCCUUUCACAGUCAUUAAAAAUGUUAAUUAUUUUACCAAAAUAAGAGGGAUCAUACAAAAUGCAUGUUAUUGUUUAUUUAAUACUAUUUAAUUACCUGAAUGAUCCACAGCUGUGUUUUUUUGUUUAGUGAUAGUUUUUCAUGAGUCCCUUUGUUUGUCCUAAACAG